UUUUUGAAACAAGGGGAAUAGGGCCUUAUCUCUCCGUCCCCUUCUCAUACCCACCGCCGUCUUCCUUUCCUUUCCUUUCCUUCUAACAUCUAAUAAAUAUCUAAACACUUGUCAGAGGAAUUCGGGAGAAAAACAUGGCUUCUUUGUUAGGAAUGCCAUCUCUUUCUCUGAAACUUUAUAGUAUCAGCUGCAGAGGCAGCCACAGAAGAACCGGGAAUACCACAUCCUUACCCUUGGCCGACAAGUCUCACUUCAAUGCCCUCGUAGCUGCAGGCAGACCCUUGCUCCUAAAGAGCGGCACCAGCAGCUUCAGGCAUACCCUCUCUUUUGUUCCAUCAGCUGUAGCUACUCCUAAUUCCAUUCUCAGUGAGGAGGCCUUCAAGGGCCUCGGUGGCCUCGACCUUGCCUCUGACUCCGACGCCUCUUCUGAUGAGCUUGUCAUAUCUAAGUUGGGUUUGCCCCAGACUCUCGUCGACUCCCUUGAGAAGCGUGGCAUCACUCACCUCUUCCCAAUUCAAAGAGCUGUGCUGCUCCCGGCACUUGAAGGUCGAGAUAUCAUUGCUCGUGCAAAGACUGGAACUGGGAAGACGUUGGCCUUUGGUAUUCCCAUAAUAAAACGCCUUACUGAAGAUGCUGAACAACGAGGUUCUCAGAGGAGGUCUGGUCGUCUUCCUAAAGUUUUAGUGCUAGCACCCACCCGGGAGUUAGCGAAGCAAGUAGAAAAAGAAAUUAAAGAGUCCGCACCUUUUCUGAACACUGUUUGUGUUUAUGGAGGGGUUUCUUAUAACACGCAGCAAAAUGCUCUCUCUCGUGGGGUUGAUGUUGUGGUUGGAACACCGGGACGCAUCAUUGACUUGAUAGAAGGUAAUAGUCUCAAACUGGGGGAAGUAGAAUUUUUGGUGCUUGAUGAGGCUGAUCAGAUGCUUGCCGUUGGAUUCGAGGAGGAUGUGGAAGUCAUUUUAGAAAAUCUUCCGGUGAAGCGACAGAGUUUGCUUUUUUCUGCAACUAUGCCUGCUUGGGUCAAGAAAUUGGCCAGAAAGUACUUGGACAAACCUCUCAAUAUCGAUUUGGUGGGAGACCAAGAGGAGAAGCUUGCGGAAGGGAUCAAACUUUACGCUAUAUCAACCACUUCAACUUCAAAGCGAACGAUACUAAGUGAUCUUAUAACAGUCUAUGCAAAGGGUGGGAAGACCAUUGUUUUUACACAGACAAAGCGAGAUGCAGAUGAAGUCUCAAUGGCUCUUACAAAUAGCAUAGCUUCUGAGGCAUUGCACGGAGAUAUAUCCCAGCACCAGAGGGAGAGAACUUUGAACGGUUUUCGACAAGGAAAAUUCACAGUACUUGUUGCAACUGAUGUUGCUUCUCGAGGGCUUGAUAUACCCAAUGUUGAUCUUAUCAUCCACUAUGAACUCCCCAAUGAUGCAGAGACCUUUGUGCACCGCUCUGGCCGUACUGGACGAGCAGGGAAGGAAGGGACUGCAAUUCUCAUGUAUACUAGCAGCCAGAGGAGAACUGUGAGAUCCCUUGAGCGUGAUGUGGGGUGCAAGUUUGAUUUCAUUAGUCCACCAGCUAUGGAGGAGGUACUGGAAUCAUCAGCUGAGCAAGUGGUUGCUACUCUUAAUGGCGUUCAUCCUGAAUCUAUUGAGUUUUUCACCCCAACUGCCCAAAAAUUGUUUGAGGAACAAGGAACAAGUGCUCUAGCUGCAGCUCUAGCUCACUUAAGUGGAUUCUCUCGACCUCCUUCAUCCAGAUCUCUUAUCAACCAUGAGCAGGGAUGGGUAACACUACAAUUGACGCGGGAUCCUGCAUAUAGUAGAGGCUUUCUCUCUGCUAGAUCUGUCACUGGGUUUCUUUCUGACAUUUACCCUGCUGCCGCAGAUGAAGUUGGGAAAAUAUAUUUAAUCGCAGAUGACAGGGUUCAAGGAGCUGUUUUUGAUCUUCCGGAGGAGAUUGCCAAAGAGCUGCUAAACAAGGAAACACCAACAGGAAACAGUAUUUCCAAGUUAACUAAGUUGCCUCCUUUGCAAGAUGAUGGACCACCAAGCGAUUACUAUGGCAGAUUUUCAAGCAGAGAUCGGUUUUCCCGAGGAGCUUCUAAGAGCCGCAGAGGAAGUAGAGCCUCCCGGGGUUGGGGCAGUGGCCGAGAUUCUGAUGAGGAGGGGCGUGUUGGUCGGAGUAGCUGGUCUCGAAACUCAAGGAGCAAUGAUGAUGAUUGGUUAAUUGGUGGUAGAAGAUCAAACAGGAUGUCAUCUUCAAGGGACAGGGGUUUUGGAGGUUCCUGCUUCAACUGUGGGCGAUCCGGGCACAGGGCCUCUGAAUGCCCAGAAAAAAGAGGUUACUAGUUGGGCGUCUGCAUUGGGUUUCUGUGCUGAACAGACUCUUGGUUGCUGCAGGACAUUCAUUUACAGUGUCGUUUCUUUGUAAGCACCAAGUGCUGAGCGGUUGAAGGAUCAGAGAUGCCUCAAGGGCAUACUGAAAAUUAAAGGUUCAGUUACUCUAUCCCACAGUCCCCUCCUUCAUCCCUAAUAGGCAAUCAUGGGAGGUGGUUUCUUUUGAUAUCUCAAUUAAUGGGCUAUUUGUGCAAAGUUUACUGGUUCCGUGGAUAACAGAAUCUGUAUUCUUUGGAUGGAAUCCACCAUUAGUUGAUGAUCUGAAAGAAGCGGCAGUCAGGAGUGCAUGGUUUAAGGUUCCCUCCACUUUUUAGUAUUUAAUAUUUUUUUUCUUUUUCUUUUUCUUUUUCUUAUUUGACAUUGAAAAUGGAGAACAUUGCUACCAUAUUACAAGAUAAAGAGUAUAAUUCUAGCUCGGAAAUCUAAUGACCUGAUGACCUUCCAACUCUUGAUAAAUCAAAUAUUCUUAGCCUUUCAUGUGGA